AUAUAUAUAACAACUUUACUUUAUUCCUUUAAUUUCUUUUAAUCAAGAAUAAUACUCCAUACAACAUAUUACUAGCUACAACUUCCGGCAGCUCACAUGGCAGAAGGUGGUGGUUCCGGUGAUGAUACAAGAAGUAGUUGUCCACGUGGCCACUGGCGGCCGGCCGAAGAUGAAAGGCUCCGGCAGCUUGUAGAACAGUAUGGUCCUCAAAACUGGAACUCUAUUGCUGAAAAACUUCAAGGAAGAUCAGGGAAGAGUUGUAGAUUGAGAUGGUUCAACCAACUUGAUCCAAGAAUUAAUAGAAGACCAUUUACUGAAGAAGAAGAAGAAAGACUUGUUGCAGCUCAUAGAAUACAUGGAAACAAAUGGGCAUUAAUUUCAAGAUUAUUUCCAGGUAGAACUGACAAUGCUGUGAAAAAUCAUUGGCAUGUCCUAAUGGCAAGAAAACAAAGGGAACAAUCCAAGAAUAUUUGUGGCAAAAGAAGCUACCAAUUACAACAUGAUAAUUUUCUAAGUGAUUCUAAAUCACCCUCCUAUGGUUUUCGAAGACGGAACGAUAACAACAACGACAAUAAUUCAAAAACACAAUUAGAAGGUAAUUAUGGCUCCAAAAUCAGCUUCUUUGAAUUUCAAAACCCAAACAAAGAUAGGGUUUUCUCAAUAUCAACAUAUUCACCUGAAUUCUUUGGAAGAAAUAAUGGGAGCCAUUUGUUUAGAGAAAGCUCAAAAUUUUCAGAUAAAAAACCUUUAUGUCAAAAUAAUUUAAGCUUUUCAUUAUGUGGAGGAUAUGAAGGCCCUGCUGCAUUAGGGUUUCCCAAUAAUUACAAAAGGAGUAAUAUUCAAAAUCCUUUUAGUUAUUCAGUUCCUGCUGAUCAUAGAAUUAAUGUAUCUGAUGGCAUGACUGAGGGAGUAGUGAAUAUUAGAGAUAGUACUUUUUCCUUCAAUAAAAUGCUAAGGGCAAACAUUGAACAACAACAACAACAUGGAGAAGAAGCAAAGGAAAAGAAAGAUAUUCCCUUCAUAGAUUUUCUUGGUGUGGGGAUUUCUUCUUGAUCUUUUUUAUUUCCAAUUUUUUUUUGUUUAAUAUUUAACUUUCUUUUUGAUUUUUUCAUCUUUAACUAAAAUGUAUGUAUGGUAUUUGUUUCCUAGUUAAUUUCUUUUUCCAUGUUAUUUAAUAAUCACCUGUAGUUGUUCAAGUGAUAGCUUAAUUAGCUAGCUAGCUGUUUCUUUAACCUCUAAGGUAAAAACUCUUAGGUUUUACCUAAUAAUCCUUAUUCUUAGGGAGAUGGAUUUUGGAACACUUGUAGAAUAAUAUAUGUAAAAAACAUUGAUAUGAAUCAAUUAAUUAUUGUAUGGACUCAAGUUUA